GUCGAAUGCACCUAUUGAUAACCUUUAUUGCCGUAUUGCCUAUACUCCAGCACCGAUGGUGGCGGUACAACACCAUUGAAAUCAUGUGUCAACCACCAGUGAACAGCAGAAGAUAAAGAAAAACAAAACCUAUAUGCAACAUGGUUGGAAUAACUAACAAUAACAACAUGCUAAGAUACCGCAACGAUCUACCAGGGGUUUCUGGGUCAACCGUGCUAAUGGGUUUCACAUUUUAUUUCCCUGGCAAAUAACAAAGUCGGACCACGUACCAUAUAACCCUAAACCAUAAACUGGUGUUGGAAAGGCAAAAGACUGGGUAAAUCAUGAUACCCAUUACGGAGCUGCGUUAUUUUGUCGACACCCAACCGGCGUAUCGAAUCCUGAAACCGUGGUGGGACGUGUUCACGGACUACAUCUCUGUGGUGAUGCUGAUGAUCGCCGUGUUCGGUGGAACGCUGCAGGUCACUCAAGACAAGAUGAUCUGCUUGCCUUGCAAAUGGGUGGUGAACAAGACGUGCCGGAAGUCUUUCAACUCCACCCUCUCCUCUACAGCGUAUCUCUCCGAACCGAAAGGGAUUCAGUACAACCUCGACCGUCACCAGUACAACUAUGUGGAUGCGGUCUGCUAUGAGAAUAAACUCCACUGGUUUGCAAAGUAUUUCCCAUACCUUGUGUUACUGCAUACCCUCAUUUUCUUGGCGUGUAGCAACUUUUGGUUCAAGUUCCCGUGGACGAGCUCCAAACUCGAGCACUUUGUGUCCAUUCUGUUGAAGUGUUUCGAUUCCCCAUGGACGACGCGAGCGCUGUCAGAGACGGUGGUUGAGGAGAGUGACCCCAAGGCGCUGGGAAAAAUAAUGAACGGGUCCUUCGACAAGAAGGCGUCGUGUCUCAGCGACGACGUGGAGGCAAGCGUUCCCAUGCUGCCGCUCAUGUCCCGCUUCGAGCAAGGCAUCGUGGACCACUCGGAGACUGGUGUUCUGGACAAAAAAGAGGGCGAACAGGCCAAAGCUCUCUUUGAAAAGGUGAAAAAGUUUCGCAUACAUGUCGAAGAAGGGGACAUAGUGUACAGACUGUACAUUCGGCAGACCACCAUUAAAGUCAUUAAGUUCAUCGUGAUCAUCUGCUACACUGGCUUUUACGUUCACAACAUUCAAUUCCAUGUCGAGUGCAGCGUGGAUAUCGAGAAUCUCACAGGCUAUCAGAUGUACCACUGCACGCACCCCCUGGCAACCCUCUUCAAAAUCCUGGCUUGCUUUUAUAUAAGCCUUGUAUUUCUUUACGGCGUCAUCUGCAUGUACACUCUGGGCUGGAUGCUCAGUCGCUCUCUUAAAAAGUACUCCUUUGAGUCCAUUAGGGAAGAGAGUAGUUAUAGUGAUAUACCUGAUGUGAAAAAUGACUUCGCUUUCAUGCUUCACAUGAUCGAUCAGUACGACCCCCUUUACUCGAAACGAUUCGCUGUUUUUCUGUCUGAGGUGAGCGAAAAUAAACUGAGGCAGCUUAAUCUGAACAACGAGUGGACGCUGGACAAACUCAGGCAGCGAAUCACAAAAAACUCUCAGGAAAAGCUUGAGCUCCAUCUCUUUAUGCUCGGUGGUAUCCCAGAUACAGUAUUUGAUUUGGUGGAGGUGGAGGUCUUAAAACUUGAGUUAAUACCCGAUGUUACAAUACCUCCGAUCAUUGCUCAACUCACCAGCCUGCGGGAGAUGUGGCUUUAUCACACACCAGCUAAAAUAGAGGCGCCCGCCCUCGCUUUUCUGCGUGAGAAUCUGAAAGCACUACACAUAAAAUUCACUGAUAUCAAGGAGAUUCCACUGUGGAUCUAUAGUUUAAAGAAUCUCGGUGAGCUGCACCUCACAGGUAAUCUUAGCGCUGACAACAAUCGUUACAUAGUCAUUGACGGACUACGGGAACUGAAGAGGCUGAAGGUGUUGCGACUCAAAAGCAACCUCACAAAAUUGCCACAGGUUGUCACAGAUGUUGGGUUGCACCUGCAGAAGCUGUCGGUGAACAACGAGGGCACAAAACUGAUGGUGCUGAACAGCCUGAAGAAGAUGGUCAACCUCUCCGAGCUGGAACUCGUCCGCUGUGAUCUGGAGCGCAUCCCGCACUCCAUCUUCAGCCUCCACAAUCUUCAGGAGAUCGACUUGAAGGACAACAAUUUAAAGACCAUCGAGGAAAUCAUAAGCUUUCAGCAUCUCCAUCGGCUUGUUUGCCUUAAACUCUGGUACAACCAGAUUGCCUAUAUUCCUAUCCAGAUAGGCACCCUGACAAAUCUGGAAAGACUCCACCUGAAUCGAAAUAAAAUUGAGAAAAUACCAAGCCAACUAUUCUUCUGCCGCAAAUUGCGGUUUCUUGAUUUGAGUCACAACAACCUUACUUGUAUACCAGCGGACAUUGGGUUCUUGCAAAAUCUACAGUACUUCGCUUUGACAUCAAAUAGGAUUGAAAUUCUCCCUCCAGAGCUGUUCCAGUGUAAAAAGCUGCGCGCACUAAACCUAGGGAAUAACUGCUUGCAAGUUUUACCGUCUCGCUUUGGUGAACUCACUAGCCUCAUGCAACUGGAGCUCCGAGGCAAUCGCUUGGAGGGUCUACCCGUCGAGCUGGGGGAGUGCCACCAACUGAGAAGGAGUGGAAUAACAGUUGAAGAAGACCUUUUCAACACCUUACCCACUGAAGUCAAAGAGAAACUUUGGCGCACGGACAAGGACGCGACAUGAGUGUGGCGCAGGUCUGGUGUGAAGUAAGAAUUAGCUAUGAACAAUAUUAGGUAUGAACUAAAUGAUAGCGUUACUGUUCUUAUGACCUGAGAAUUUGUAUGCAAAAGGCAUUUGUUUUUAUUUCUGAAUUUAGGCAAAUGAACUGAAGAAACUGUGAAAUAGUUUGGACUCAUUCUGUUGUCUCAUUCUUGGUGACGUGUCAAGGUUUGAAAUCUCUGAAUAGUUGGGUCAGCAUAUUGGAGUGUUACUGUGCCAGUUUAUUUUCAGUGCAUGCCAGGAAAGAAUUUGUGAUUAUUUUCAGAGGAUUGCAUGGUAGAUUUGUUUCAUUGUUCUGGCCAAAAUUCUUACAGUGUACGAAACUACCAUACAAUCGGUGUUAACCCCCAAGUUUGUGCCAGCUUGAAGAAAUAUAGUUAUUUUCAUAAUACCCCAGUGUAAAGAUUCUUCACAGGCUGUGUUUACACUUUGAGGUAAAUGUGAACCAAUUCAGAUUGUUUUCCUUUCAAAUGGCACAGUGUGAACGUGUGUUAUGUGAGUUAGGGCUGCUCGAUUAUGGCAAAAAUCAUAAUCGCAAUUAUUUUGGUUUAUAUUGAGAUCACGAUCAUUUAACACAAUUACUCGUUCGGUGCGUUUCCUCUAGGAUUUGUUUCAGCAGCGGUGUGAUUUAUGCAUGCGGACGUGAGCCUGCAACACUGGACCCUCAAUACUUUUAUUGAAACGUGUUUUUACUGUAUUAGUAUUAUUAUUAUUAAUGCAUAUUAUGUUUAUGAUAGGAAAUAUAUUUUGUCUUUACUUAUUAGGAAUAGUAAAAAGAAUAAUAAUAAGUACAGACAACUGAUUUUAAAAAUCAUCUUUCGUUAAUUUGUGUACUGAGGGUUUUUCUUUUUUGUUUAUUUGUUUGUUUUGUCAAUAUUCUGUUGAAAAGAUGAUGUAGUCUUACAUUGUUUAAUGGUGCACUGCCACUUAAAGAUUAUGUAGUCUUACAUUGUUUAAUGGUGCACUGCCACUUCAAAAGAAUCUGCUGGUUUAGGUUAUAGGUUAUGUUUUCAUGUGGGGAUAUGACGUCCAAGUCAAUCAAGUAUUUAUUUUAGGACUUCAGCACUUGGUAAAUAAAUGUGGCAUUUCCUACUAAACACGUUGACUGAUGACCGAUCAGACGAGACGCUAAUGCUAAAUCUGGGAUUGACUGAGGCUAGCCUUUUAGACUGGUAUGCUUUUAUGACUGACGAAACAAUGCUUCUACAGGGAAGUGCUAUCCACUCUCUUAGCGUUAUCCACGACAGCCCUGUUCAAGACCAGAUUGACUUUUUCUCUGAGUUGGACAUUGAAAAGUGUAUGAGAACCAUUUGAACUCAACAUUUAAAGGGAGGGUAGGCAAUAUAUUUUAGAAGCAUUUUUUUGUAAAAUUUCUUGAAAUUGUCUUUACAUCCUGACAGCAAUGAAUAAAUAAAAUGCUCUGACAACAAAAAGGCAAACAUCCGUCAUCUGUGGCAGUCGCAGGGCCGUUAAAAGCUAGUCCAAUCCUUUCAUUCGGCCCUGCCUCUCUGCCCACGUACCUGCACGCACUCUGCCCCAUGCACUCACUGGAAGUGACCGGAGUCUUCCACGAGGCUAGGCAGACAUAUUGCUGAAGUCAGCAAGCUAGUCACACAAGACUGGCAGAGAAAGAUAGAGAAGAGAAUAUUAAGUAAGGACGUGAACGUAAGAGGGACUGAAUUGGGGAAGGGGCUGAAAUAUGGCACCGUUCGACAGAACUGUAACUAUGCACGUACCCUUUUAUAUAAUCUAUCAGUGUAUACUGUAUGUUCAUUGGUGUCUGCACUGUAGUGGUGAGCAAGUGUCGUUUGCAGGUAUUUAUUUAUCUUAUGUCUUUAUUGGCUUUGACCGGGUCGUUUUACAAAUGUGGUGAUUUAGCCUACUUGUUUUUGAACAGAAUGAGACACUGCACACUCAUCCCCAACACUCAUCCCCGUCUCGUCCUCUGGUAGUUAGGCAGUGUGCGUUCAUUUGGAUUUUAUUUUCAGUUGUAUACUUUUAAAAUCUAGCUCCCUCUUGCUGGUUUCCCCAGCGUUGCCUACCCUACCUAUAAUAUCUGUGUUUUAAACUAUUCCAACUACACCACUAGUCUUACACUGUAGGCUACUCCCUUGUUAACGAAUGUAACAGUAUGUUACGUCAUGAAUAUUAAACCUUGUGAAAUUUCACCAGUGGCGUUACUGACUUGUACUGGAUGAACAACACAAGACAAAAUGAGAGCAUCAGUGCAGAUCUGAAAGCGGCACUUUAAUUGUUGUAUCCCGAUUAGUCUAUGUUGUUUUCAUCGUUGGAAGUGUAAUCGUAAUUCAAAUUGGAUUAGCCUAAUUGUACAGCCCCAAUACCAGUCUAAACAACUGCUCAUUGUCAAGGAUUUAAAACUCCACUUUUUAAACCUCCCAUUGGAUCAGUGCACAUCCAUCAGUCCAGAGUGCAGAAAUCAUUGCCACACAUGCCAUGGCAAGAUCAGGACUUUUUUUCUUAUUGUCUAAUGGGAUUUAAAUGUAUUGCUGGCCACUUUUCGAACAGUCCAGUGUUUUAAUUGAGGUUAUUUAGGGACUUUUUGAUGGGUGUUUUGGAUAAUUGUCCUGCUAGAGGACCAAUGACCUUCAAGGGAGGCACAGAUGACACUGAGUGGAACAUCAAACUCCAAGGUAACUUUGUUGCCUCUUCAUUUCCCGAUGCCAUCACCUAGACUCAAGGCACCCACAGUACCAGACAAGGCCACCCUUAAACAAGUGGAUCUCUACAAGGAAUCUCUUCUUUUCACGAAACUUUUACAAAAAAAGCUCUAAUUUGGUAUAAUUUGUCCAAGACAUUCUCCCCGAUAGAUUUGGGCUUCAGAUGUGUUUCCCUACUAAUGUGGAUGUCUAAGAUGUUUUCUUUUCACAAUUAAAAGAGGAUAAUGCAAGGGUGCCAAUACGUUCAGCCAUGACUAUAUGUGUGUGUUUGUGCUUUAUUUAAAAUACAUUAAAAAUGGACAUCUAUUUCUACCA